AUGUUAGUGAAAGAAUCUAAUAGUGAUGAUUCAGAAGAAUAUGAUUUUCCGAAUGAGUCUACGAUUACAAAUAUGUCAUCAGAUGAAGAUUUUUCUUAUGAUAGUGAUGAAGAUGGAGGUGAAAAGGAAACAGAAAAUGAAGAACAAGCUUCAUUACAGAUUGAUGGAAACAACCAAUGUCAAAAUAAUGAACAAAUUAUCAUUGGAACAGAUUCUAAUCUUGAUGUAUUACCAUCAACGAUUUAUAAUUUAUUAGAACGUGUUAGAAAGCUAAUAGCAUUUAUUUGA